AUGGUAGCCCGAUCAAUCAUGUCCGGCUCGAGCUUGCGGCCGACGCUAUCCAAGUCGUGCGCUCGGGUACUGGCAGGACGUCUACCGAGCCAGGCAAGAUGGCUGUCCGGCCCAUACGGAUAUACGCAAGCAAAAGCCCUCGUCUUCUCUGAAUACGGAGAGCCGAACGAUGUCCUCCGAAUCCACAGGUUUUCCAUCUCCCCCUCCAUCCCCUCCACCUCCGUCCUCGUCCGCGCCCUCGCCGCCCCCAUAAACCCCGCCGACAUCAACACCAUCCAAGGCACCUACGGCGCCAAGCCCACCUUCACCUCCGAGCUGGGCACCCAACCUCCCGCUGCCGUCCCCGGCAAUGAAGGCGUCUUCGAAGUCGUCUCCACCGGCUCGAGUUCCACAGGUCUCGAAAAGGGUGACUGGGUGCUCCCCGCGUCAUCUGGCUUCGGCACUUGGAGGACCCAUGCGCUCGUCGAGGCUGACACGCUUCUCAAGAUUAACAAGGAGGGACUCACACCUACGCAGGCGGCGCAGGUGAGCGUGAACCCUUGCACGGCGUACCGACUCCUUCGAUCUUUCGGGCCCGUCGCGGGGGUGAAGGAGGGUUUGCCCAUGAACCAUCUCGAGCCCGGAAGUGGUGCUUGGUUCAUCCAGAACGGCGCCAACUCUGGCGUCGGACGAGCUGCUAUUCAGCUCGGUCGGAUCUGGGGGCUGAGGAGCAUCAACGUCAUCCGCGACCGCGAGAUCCCCGAGGAGACGGAGGCGCUGCGCAAGGAGCUCAAGGACCUCGGUGCCGAUGUUGUCGUCACCGAGUCCGAGUUCCUCACGCGCGACUGGAGGGAGCGGUUGCAGGAGAUUACGAACCACGGACGCGACCCUGUACAUCUCGGUCUUAACUGCGUGGGCGGAAAAUCGGCGACGAGCAUCGCGCGCUCGCUGUCCGAAGGAGGUGCCAUGGUCACCUAUGGAGGAAUGGCGAAGCAGCCCGUCAUGCUGCCUACGGCGGCGCUCAUUUUCAAGGAUAUUCGGUUCCUUGGUUUCUGGCUUACAAGGUGGAAUAAGAAGGAUCCUGCGGGAAGGAAGUACUCGAUCGAGUAUCUGCUUGAUUUGAUGCGGGAGGGCAAGUUCCAUGAUGCGCCUGUUGAGGAGGUCAAGUGGAACUGGGAGACGGAGGAGGAAGUUUUGAGAGAGGCGGCUCAGAAGGGUCUGGAGGGGUUUAGGGGGAAGAAGGGUCUCUUCUUGUUUGGAGAAACAUAA